AUGGCGGAGCUGCGGCACUCGACGGCGGCGCGCGCGUCCAACUCCCCCGCCAAGCGCGACUCCGACGCCUCCGCCGCGUCGUCCCCCUUCCUCGCCUCACCCACCACCCACGGCAGCCGCGGCGGCGGCGGCGGCGACGACGACGACGGCAAGGACGCCCACCGCUCGUCCCCUCUCCUCUCACACCACCACCGCCCACCUGCUGACGUCCCCGUUCCGCUCCCUCCUCGCACUCGAGGACCCCAGGUCCCCCGCCGUCUCGUCCUCCUACCGGAUCCUGCUUGCCCACCUCGCGCUCCUCCUCGCCGCCGGGAUCUUCUGCGUGCCCUUGCUCUGGUCCCGCCUCAUGUCCCAUCAGUGAAUGAAACCUCUGGGUAUAUUUUUAUCCAUGCCGAGGGAGGACUAAACCAGCUUCGCAUAGCUAUAUGUAAUGCUGUUGCAAUUGCUAAAAUAAUGAGAGCAACACUUAUUUUGCCUGUUCUGAAGCAGGACCAAAUUUUGAAAGACCAGUCGAAAUUUGAAGACAUCUUUGAUGUUGAUCAUUUUAUAAAUUAUUUCAAGGAUGAUGUACGUAUUGUCCGAGAUAUCCCUGACUGGUUCACAGAGAAGGAUGAGCUGUUUACCAGUAUAAAGUAG